AUGAAGCUGUUGUUUAAAUUACGGACUCUAAAAUUCUUGUGGACUCUGAAGCCUCCUAAUAGGACUUUCCAUGGACAUGCCAGGCUGCUUGCCUCUGAUGUAUAUUCACAGUACGAGUCUGUCAGGCGAGGUGAACAGGAAAUACCAAAGUACUUUAACUUUGCAAGUGACGUACUGGACAAAUGGUCUGAGAUUGAAAAGGCUGGAAAGAGACCAUCAAACCCUGCCCUUUGGUGGAUAAACGGAAAAGGAGAAGAAGUGAAGUGGAGCUUUGAGGAGUUGGGGUUCCUGUCUCGGAAAGUGGCCAAUGUGCUGACUAAAGUAUGUGGACUGCAAAAGGGCGACCGAAUUUUUGUGAUCCUUCCGCGAGUCCCAGAAUGGUGGCUGGUGCAUGUGGCUUGCAUGCGUGCAGGAAUUGUCUUAAUUCCAGGAAUAUCCCAAUUAUCAGCCAAAGACAUAUUAUAUCGACUCCAGGCUUCAAAGGCCAUGUGUGUCAUUACUGAUGACAAACUGGCUCCUGCCGUGGAUUCAGUAGCGUCUGAGUGUCAGUUUCUGAAAACCAAGCUAAUCGUGUCCAAAGGCGCUAGGGAGGGAUGGCUGAACUUCACUGACCUGUACAAAAACCAACCUACUGACCAUUCCUGCGUCAAAACAAAGCUUCAAGACUCAGUGUCUAUCUUCUUUACCAGUGGAACCACAGGUUCUCCAAAGAUGACUGAACAUUCCCAGGGUAGUCUUGGUUUCAGACCCCUUUUAAGUGAAAGGUACUGGUUGGAUUUGACUGCCUCGGACAUGAUAUGGAGCACAGCAGACACAGGGUGGAUACUAACUUCGCUGGCAUCUGUUUUUGAUCCCUGGGUUUUUGGAUCAUGCGUCUUUAUACAUAAGCUCCCACAAAUUGAAUCAGCAACCAUCCUAAAUACUCUCUGCAGAUUCCCCAUUGACACGCUGGUUGGUGCUCCAACAUUGUUCCGCAUGCUGGUGCAAAAUGAUCUCUCCAGGUACAUCAAGAAAUUAUUUACUAAUGUUUAA